UAGUUGUCUAUAUAACAUGCUACGUACGAGUCCCUCUACCACUUGUGUGCAUCUAGCUCUUCUUCCCAAUUGCUAAGCAUAUACCAAAAGCCUAGAAGAGACAUGGCAAUGGCAAUGGCAGCUCUCCUCCUCCUCGUGCUCGUUGCCGCUCCCGCCGCGGUACACUCCGCGCAGCACAGCGUUGCGUGGAACCAAGGGACAGAUUAUUCCAACUAUGGCGCUGGCCAAACAUUCACCGUCGGUGACACACUAGUGUUCACUUACAGUACCAGCCAUGGGGUGGAUGUAGUGGGUCAAAGUGACUACUCCAACUGCAAUUCCGGAAAUGCCCUCAAUUCCUACAGCGGCGGGCAAACCACCAUUACCCUCACCACGCCAGGCACGAUGUACUUCAUGUGCCCCACUUUCGGCCACUGCCAGGGCGGCAUGAAGCUUAGCAUCCCCGUCGUGGCAGCGGGCGGCUCAACCACCAGCCCGGCGACCCCGACAUCCCCCUCCUCUUCCGGUUCAUCAUCGCCGACCGUCACGACACCGCCGGAUUCCUCCUCCUCCGGCUCAUCCUCGACGACCGGCUCGACUCCGGUCAUCACCACCACCACCAGCUCACCAAAAUCGUACAGUGGGGCCGGGGGCAUGUUUGUAAACAUGAAUAAUUUGGUUGUAAUUGGAUUUUCUGUUGUUGUGGCGGGUUUGGUUGGGUUCAUGGGCUAGGGCAGAGGCAGUGCUAUAUUGUGUUUUUUUUUUUUUUCUUUUCCCGGUUGUAAUUUAAUGUGUCAUUAAUAAACUUGUUUCAUUUGAUUGA